AUGAACCGUGAAAAACUUCAACAUAAGCUCACAACAUGUACACAUGACGCUACAGAAUCUGACGGGUUGUGUGGCCAUAGCGAUGGUAUCCGCUACGUCUCUGGAAGAUCGCAAGUCACCAAGCCCCGUGAAUUGCGUGAAGUGAGGGGGGCGGCCGAAAGCUAUGCGCAAGUACCAGCGCACGGUAAGCGAUUUCUGUUGGUCCACAUGACGGAGGCGUCGCUGGGCUUUCGAGUGCGAGAGAGUUCGAGCGGCAAGUUCGUCGUGUCUUCAGUUGACGAGGGUUCGCCUGCUAGGCGCGCAGGCUUAAAAUUUGGUGAGGAUCAGCCGCCUGGUAGUGGGAAAGUUGUAGCAAAAAAAUGCCAUGCUCACGCUGUCGCUCGCUUGGCAGGGGACAUCUGUGAAAGCUACUACAAGGACAGAAUGGACGAUGACGAUGACGACGAGCCGUGGAGAAGUGAUACCAUGGAACAUCUCGAGCGCAUCGCAAUGCCCAGGACAGACAACAUGGAACCUGUUAGCCGUCGCUGCUGCGCCGCCGUCAUCCGCAACAGCAACAAGACGAGCCCGCAGCGAACCAAGUUCUGCUACGACCACAAGCGAGAUGCCAACUUUGAGAGGCGCCUGCAAGCAUACGAGGGAUUAAGACAGAAGCGAAGUGUGGCUGCAAUCGAUGCGCCAAAGCGCAAAAAGGUCAAAAUAAGCGUGGAUUCGGAGGACGACGGGCCCGAGGAGGAAGCAGAAAAUCAUUUGGAAGAUUCAGACGAAGGUGCAGAGGAGGAAGAAGAAACCUUCCAGGAGCUAUGUGAUCGGAUGAACCAGCGUAUCGGAACGCUGGAGCCUUCCAUGGCCACGAUCAUCAUAGAUACUUUAGAUUUCGACCCUUUGGCCAGGAUGAACCUCAAGGCAGUGGCUUCCGCUCUAUGCGAGAAAAUGUACCUCUUGAAUUCGGCUUCGCGCGAGAACCAAAGUGCUGUGAACCGAGCGAGCGACGUGUUGAGGACGGCCAAGACUGUCGAGCAAGCCUGUAAGGAAGAGCUGGCUCACGCCGAGCAUGAAUAUGAGCUUGCGAAGAAGGUAUCGGAGCUGUUUAACCAAGCGCUGGCGGUGCGAUCAGACUUGGAGAAAAUGGUUGCUGCUGGGCAGUACAAGCAGCGAGCGGAGGAAGCUUUGGGGCAGUAUGUCGUCGUGCUUACCAGAGCGCUGGGGGCAUUCUUUCUCGCAUCAUUUUUACAGCAGAAUCAGGAUCUUAAGGAGCUCGACGAGAAGAGCGAGCAGCUCAAGGAGCUAGUUAGAAGACACGGAUCUACUCGCCCCACGCGGUUGCAGUUUAUGGAAAUCGAGAUCGGCGAUAUUCGUUCCGGCCUCGACGUACUGCAGAGACAGCGUAUUCACACAAUGCGGGUUCAGUGCCACCUCUGGAGCUCUCGUACUCUAAACUUGUUGGCGGCUGACGCGAGAGCAUUGCUGGAAAAUUGCUACCGGGAUAUCCUGGACAUGCUGAUGAAGAAGGGUGACGAUCACCCCGACUGGGCGGGAAUUCACAAGUCGUUUGAAGAGGUGCUUGUUACUGUCGGCGACUGCGUCGUUGUCGGUCGCGCUCACAUCCUGUCUUCUUGCUGUGUUUAG